CCAACUGUUGCAACAACAUGCAGCACCUUCAACUACGGAAAGGACUGGAAAGGAUUUAUCGGGAUAAGGAUUUGAAAUUAUGGACUCAGUAAUGAUCAAGGAUGACUAAUACUUACCUGAACAGAGACUGAUCUACUGUGGCAAUAGGAUGGUAAAAAGUGUAAUGGUAGCCUAUGCCCUGUGGGCAAUAGGUGGACCCUGGGGCCUUCACCACUUAUACUUAGGAAGAGACAGCCAUGCUCUCCUAUGGAUGCUGACCCUGGGAGGGUUUGGGUUUGGCUGGGUCAGAGAGGUCAUACGUAUCCCUGCUUACGUUGGUGAGGCCAAUCGAGAUGCAGAGAAUGAGAGAAAAAGACCCCCCACCAUGGUCCCUCCACCUGUGAGCCCCCUCAGAUUUGCUGGUCAGGUAUGUGUUGGGAUCUACUUUGGCACCGUGGCUCUGAUAGGACUGAACUCCCUCAGUUUCUUCUACUUGAUUGUUCUGCCUUUAUGUGUGGGUGCAGGGGUACAUCUGGUGUCCAGUGUUGGUCAACAGACCUCUGACCUCCAAAAAACCUUGACUUCUUGUCUCAUGACAUCCCCAAUAUUCUAUGGCAGCACUUUGUCACUUCUCCCUAUUAGCCUGGCUGCCAGUGUCACUGCUGCACAGCACCGCAGGUUCAAACCGCCACGGACACCUCAGAGCAAACAGGAACUAGUUCCACGGCUUUACAGGCUCGGUCUAGCUUGGCUGGCCUUCUCUGCUCCACUGGGUUACUGUAUUUUCCAUAACACCACAGCCACACUGUACUACCUGUCUGACUGUCUAGCAGCACUGCUGGAUAUUUUCUGGUUCCUACCUUGGCUCAGAAGUGUGUUUGAGUACAUUCUUUUAAUGCCAUAUCGAAUCUUGUGUGUUCUUACUGGAGGGGGGUACUAUGAAGAGACUUGGAGGAAGGUGCUGGAAAUACUUCUCAAAGAGUACACUGAGAGAGAAAAACAGGCACUGCAGGUAUUGUCAUUAGAAACAGAGGCCUCUCUUGAAGAGAUAACUCGAAGCUAUAGGGAGCUGGCCAAGACAUGGCAUCCAGACCACAACCCGAGAAAGGAUGCUGAGGCAAUGUUUGUAAAGAUCCAAGAGGCUUAUGAGGUCCUACUACAACGGCACAGACCCCAUCGAUUCAAAUAGUUGCCUUUUAUUCCAUGCUGACAGGCCUGACUCUUGCAUUGUUUUUCAGUGAACGUUUUCUAUUGUUCAUGGAACAUAAACCAACUUGAAACUUGCAGAGUGUUGACAUUACCACUUGUUUAAAACAGGUUUCCACUUGUCAAACAGCAUUUUAACAGCCGUCUGAUUGGUUACUUGGCAGUUUGCUGCCACCUUGUGGUAAUACAGGUGUAAUAUCACCAUAAACUAUUGAUUACAACAAUUA